AUGAAGUACUUUAGCUUGAUCGUCGCCGCUUCGUCGGUGCUGCCCAGUUUGAUAAACGCCCAUUACCUGUUCCCUCACCUUAUGUACAAGGGCCAGAAGACCAAGGAGUUUGAGUAUGUGCGACAGCAUGACAACGGCUUCCAGCCGUCGUGGGACAAUGGCAACAUCCUCAAGUCCAACGAUCUUCGGUGCAACAAGGGCUCCGAGAAGCACGCGAAAGAGCCAAAGGCGGCCAAGGUCGUGGCCGGUCAGGAUGUUAUCGGCUUUGCCACCAACAUUGGCCAAAAGUUCGGCCACCCAGGCCCUCUCACGAUGAUGAUGAGCAGAGCACCAGGUGACGUCAAAGACUACAUGGGUGACGGCGAGUGGUUCACUGUUUACCAGUUGACCACUACGACGCCAUGGAACGGAACCGACCAAGGCUGGCUGUCGUGGAACAAGAACCAGUUCACCUUCAAGCUGCCCCUCGAGAUCCCCAAGGGCCAGUACCUCCUGCGCAUCGAGCACAUGGCCGUCCACCCGCCCAACAAGGGCAAGGAGUUCUACAUGCAGUGCGCCCACCUCGACGUCCAGUCCGACUACAACGGCAGCCCUCCCGGACCCACCUACAAGAUCCCCGGCGGUCUCACCAAGGACUCCAAGGCCGUCCAGCUCGACAGCUGGGCCGACAAGAAGACCCUCACCGUUGCCCCGAGGCCCUGGUCCGACAAGCUGUGGCCCAACGAUGACCAGUUCAACAAGAUCAUCUGA